CAAAAAAAAAAAACUUCCCAACUUCAUUUAAUUGUUAAAGUCAAAAGAUGGAUAGCUGACAGCCUCGAACACCCCAUCCACCUCCAAACAAACGAAACUCAGCCUUGAACCGAAACUGAAAAGAAACAAAAGCUCAUCACUAUAUCAUAUCAUAAAAAACCCAAACCUCAAGAAACAAAAAACACAAAUCAAUGUCCAUAUCCAUGGCCUCGUUUUCUCCUCCUCCAACAUCCUUCUCUGUCAAACCCCAUUUCACCCACAAAUCCACUCUUUUUCUUCCUCUCAAGAGACCCUUUCUUUUCGUUUCCACUCCCAAGGUUUUACCAGACAAUGGAGCUAGAGGUUCAGCUUCAGUUGCAGCUGUUGAAGACCCAAAACCCAAGCAGCCAGACCCAGUACUUGAAGAGGCCGUGGAGGGGUCUUCUGGGCCUAAAGGCGCUGCUACGAGCUCAGAAGUUGAGGUUUUGGGCAAGUUUGAGGAUCCUAGGUGGAUUGGAGGAACUUGGGACUUGAAACAGUUUCAGAAACAUGGGAGCACUGACUGGGAUGCUGUUAUUGAUGCUGAGGUCAGGAGGAGAAAAUGGCUCCAGGAUAAUCCUGAAACUACCAGUAAUGAUAACCCUGUAGUGUUUGACACUUCAAUUAUACCUUGGUGGGCAUGGAUGAAGAGGUUCCAUCUACCUGAAGCUGAAUUGGUGAAUGGCCGUGCGGCAAUGAUAGGGUUCUUCAUGGCAUAUCUGGUUGAUAGCUUGACUGGAGUAGGUCUGGUUGACCAAAUGGGCAACUUCUUUUGCAAGACCCUAUUGUUUGUAGCUGUUGUGGGAGUGCUUUUAAUCAGGAAAAAUGAGGAUUUUGAUAACAUCAAGAAGCUGAUUGAAGAGACAACCUUUUAUGACAAGCAAUGGCAAGCAACCUGGCAGGAUGACACGAAUUCCAAGAAUAACUAGUUGGAUUGCAGUUUUUUUGUCCAUUUGUUCUUCCCACAUAGAUCAUUGAACGUUCUGCAGCAACGUGCAAGGUCACAUUAGUGCAAAUGCAGAACUUCUAAUGAUGAGUAAUAGAUAAAAACUAUGCUAAAAGAGUAGGGAAGAUAUGUAACCUCCAAUGCCUAAUGAAACUAUGUUAUAAACCAGCUAAUGUGCUACGGUAGGGAGGAGGUGUAAGCUCCAAUGCCCAACAAAGCAUGUUAUAAAUGCACAACUAGCCAUCAAGCUAGAGAGUAGGGUGGGAAAAUGAAUUGGUUAGUAAUUGUAAAAUAUAUGAGAAAUGCAAAAGAGAACCGGUUCAUUUACGGUGAUGUAUUGCUUAUGUACGAAAUGUACCAGAGACUCAAGGAAGAAAUAUCCCAAACCGUCUAUAAAUUGUAGGAAAGAUGGUUGAUGGGAUGCAAACUAGUUUCAUGCAAUGGAACACAACCAUACAUGUAUUUGUUAUUUUCAAACCACCUUGAUCAUGCUGGCGGAC